AUGGCCCAGCAAACUCAAAAAGUUCCAACUGGUAUCGCAGCUCUUGACAAAAUCCUUCAAGGUGGGGUAUCUCGGGGUCACAUUCUCGAAAUAUCCGGACCACCUGGAAGUCCAAAGGAGCUUGUCGCGAUGAAGAUUGUAUCCUCAUUUGUCAACGCUCGAGAGGAAGUCCUUUUUGUUGGUCUUGCGAAAGAUUGUCCAAAUGCCGCCCAACUCGUGUAUCACACGAGCGUGCACACCCUGCCUGGGUUGAUGCUUUUUGCUCAUCGACUGCUCCGGAUGCUUGAUUCAUACCCAAAGAUUGUGUCAACGUCGCAGCUUUCGACAAAGCUGCUGAAGGCGGACGGCUCAGCAGGCACAUUCGAUACUGGAACAAGGGGAAUUUUGCUUCCGCAACUUGUUUCUUCAAGCUUUUACCAAGUUCGGGGUCCAGCGAACUUGAACCAUAUGCUCUAUGCUCAGAAACGGCCUAAAUCAAUGCGCUUCAAAUAUUACGCGGGUAUCGUGUGUCAGCCAGGACAAUGUCUUGACCCUUGCGCCACCGAAUAUUCCUCACACUUCGAGACUUGCACAGGCCAAGAAGAUUGAGACGAAAAAGGGUCGACGCAGGUGAUCAAUAAAUCACUCGAAGGGACUUGGAGGGGACGGUCGCUUGUCAUGGGAGGCACCUCAAGCACGACACAAAGAUUUUAGAAAGGUAUUGCCUUUGCAAACUUAUUAUAAAUUUAUACUCCCUGUUCGUCAAUAUUUCGUCCGGUGCUAUCAACAUCCAAUUUCCAAUC